AUGGGGCAGGUGACGCGGUACAACGACUCGCCCAUCGACCUCGCGCUCAUGGGGCUCUUCCGCCGCAAGAUGGAGCAGCAGAUCGGUGAGGUGGCGACUCGGAAGCGCGGGUACGAGGCGUUCGUGGAGGUGUCGCGGCGCGUGAUGCAGGGGCGGUCAGCAGCAGAGCAGCGCGCCAUCGUCGCCAACGUGCUCCUCUCGCUGCUGCCACCCAACGCGCCCGCCACUUUCCGCAAGUGGUUUCCCCCCAGCAAGUUCUCCGCAGAGAUCAACGCCGCCAUCACAGUGCCGGGCUUCCAGUGGCUCGUGGGGCCCUGCCAGCUGAAGGAGGUGGAGGUGAACGGGCAGAAGCAGAUGAGCGGCGUGCAGAUCACCAAGUGCAGGUACCUGGAGGUGAGUGGGUGUGUGGGCAUGUGCGUCAACAUGUGCAAGCUGCCCACUCAGGACUUCUUCACCAACGACUUUGGUCUCCCCCUCACCAUGACACCCAACUUUGAGAACAUGAGCUGUGAGAUGGUGUUCGGCCAGAUGCCUCCUCCCCUCUCCGAGGACCCCGCCCUCUCCCAGCCCUGCUAUGCCACACUCUGCUCCAUGGCCCAACCAGAGGCUGACAAGUGUCCACGUGUUCCUGAUGCCACACCCUGA